CUUGUUAAACCAGCCAGAACUGAAGAAAGACCUUCACGCGGGCCCGUGCUGGGGCGCCAUGAGGAGAGCCGCAGCCUUGGGGCAGCGGGCAGCAGAGAUGCUCAGGCUUCCCCGGCCUUUCUGACCCAUCCAUGUGUGCAGCUCUGCCUCUGGGGCUUCGCUCUUGGGUAAAUGUUCUGAAGCCAAGGGCAGGAUGGACAGACAGAGUGCUUCCCUUCCCGUAUUAACGCCUCAUCCUGCAUCCUCGCUGCUCACUCUCAGAGCCAGUCUCCUGCAUCGCUUUGAGUAUUUUUUCUGGCAGAUAUAAUAGGCAUCAGCUAAGUAGGAAGAAAGCUAGACUUGGAUUCCGGGAGACCCAGGUUCAAAUCCCACCUCCGGCAAAUCUCUUUGGAUGCUUAUUUUCCUCAUCUAUAAAAAGAAUAGCCCCUGUGCCCUAGGGUGCUUAUGAAGCUAAAAUAAGAUAACCAAUGAAGAGCAUUGAUUAGACUCUUAUGUGGGACAGGCACUGUGCUGAGGACCACGUAUGUAAAUGUUUAAUGAACCUCAGAGCAUCACACAAAGACCAGCCAAUGUUGUUGUUGUUAUUAUUUUAAGACCCUCACCUUCUGCCUCAGAAUCAAUAGUAUAUAUUGGUUCUAGCCCGGAUCUCUGUCCACUGAGCCACCUAACGGCCCCCACCAGCCAAUAUCAUCAUCGUUGGCCCUAGACUACCAUUCUUAUUCAUUUGUAUUCUAUGAAUAUGAUAAUUCAUUAGAAUCGUGUUCUUUUUAGGAUUUUAUUAUUGGAAGAGCUUCCUUAGUUAAGGAAAGACGUCCCUAUUUCUGCUCUUCUCUUACCUGGGAGGAGGGGAGGAGAUCUUUUCUUAGUGUCAGAAGGUUCUUUCUUCAAGAUCAGUGUUGGCACUGCCUGGGGCUAGCCGGACGUGUGAGACAUAGAGGAUGGCGAGCCAGCCUCAGAGCCAGCGACUCCAGAGCCCAAAUCCUACUCUGCCAAGUGCUGUCUCGGUGACCUCCCAGCCCUCUGCCCAGCUCACUCGGUGCGAAUUUAGGGUCUGUAGCAAAGAAGGUGCUCCUAGAAGAAGUCCUUCCGUGGGAGAACUCUCUUCUGAUUCAAGGCGCCUAACCUUCAUUUUCCUCAGUUUCCUCUUCUAUAAAAUGGGGAGAAUAAUAGAACCUGAUUCCCAGGGCUGGGAGGAUCAAAGCAAGUAUGUCUGGAAAGCAUUUUGUAAAGGCUAAAUCCCAGGAGACAGUCAUUGUUGUCGCAAUAAUCAUGUUGAUGAGGAGAGGACAAUGUUCCCGCAUCUGUAGGCUGAUGUGAGCUUAAAGGCGCCUCCCCAAAGCCAAGGAAGCUGUGGUUCCUUCUUGCCAUUCCCCGAGCUCAGGCUCCCUUCCCUGGGGCAGAAGCUGGCCGGAUUACCCCGGGCACAGGUGCCCUGAGGGGCUUGUGGGCACUCAUUGUCUGGAAAAUGGCUGGUAGGCUGGUGCCUUUCCAGGGCAGAGUAAAUGCCCUGGACCCUGAUAGAAUCGUCCCUGGCAGCCAGUGCCCAUGUCUAAACCCUUGCUUUCCUUUCUCCUGAUGGACAGCUCUGCCCGCAUCUCCCCUGGCAUCUCCCCUGGCAUCUCCAGCUCCCUGGAUGGAGCCUUUCCAUUCCUUUCCCAUUGUUGGUUCUUAAGAAAUGCUCCUGGACUGGACUGGACUGAACAGAACUAACUUUGGCUUCUGAGAUUAUGAUCCACAAUGCCAUUAACUCAAGUUAUUCUUGCUCUCAUGAACGCCAGUCGCAAUCGGCAUCCAGGUAGCACACCUACCCCAGGCCAGACAUCGUAGGCGUUGCUUUACAUGUAUUGUCCCACUUGAGCCCCAUCGCAGCACCGUGAGGGAGCGCCUCAUAUUAUCCCCAUUUUAAAGAUGAGGAAACUGAGGCAAGCAGAGGUUAAAUGAUUCACCCAGGGUCCCACAGUCAGUGCACAUCUGCGGCAGGAACUCCUCUCAGGGUCCACAUAGGACUCGGAGUUAGUAAGUAGCCACGACGACAACCGUAAUACUAACUAACGUUUAGAUACGACGGUUCUGCUACAAUGCGACAUGUGUGUUCCCAAAAUGCUAGGCAAAACUCACAGUGACAACCAGGGGGUGGGGGGAUGGGCUCAGGGACCCAAAUGCUCCAAACAUCUUCAGUGGGGCAGCUGGGUGGCUCAGUGGAUAGAGCUCAGGCUAGAGGUGGAAGGUCCUGGGUUCCAGGCUGGCCUCGGACACUUCCCAGCCAAGUGGCCUGGACAAGACCCUCAGCCCCCUUGCCUAGCCCUUACUGUUCUCCUGCCUUGGAAUCGAGACAAAGGGUAAGGCUUUGAAGACCUAUUAGACGUGAGAGGAGAGCAAGGCCAAGCAGAGGAGCCCAGUAACAUGGGCCAAAGCUGUCUGGGUUCAAGGCUUAAGGCAUAACUUGGCCGAUACCCAGGGGCUGUUCUGCCCAUGGCCAUGGGCUGUGGCCUGGCCCACCCCCCAGGCUGCCCAGGCUCCGAGGAAGGCUGUGGGGAAGGAAGGCCAUGGGGAGAGGGCAGGGCCGGGGCCUUCUCUUCCCUUCCCAGCUUCUUUCACCCCCUCGAUACAUCCCAACUCCUGGGGCUGGCCUUGGGGGUUCUCCUGAACCCCUGCGGCUCGCCCGCCGCAUCCAACCUGGAAUCUGGGUGAUGCUCAAAGUAUUCCCAAUGCUUCAGUGGGGCUGGAGCAAAGCUGUGUUGUCAAACUCUCGGUGGCAGCAGAACUGACUGUGCACAUACGUGCCAAGGAGCUCCGCUGUCAGCUGUGCAGACGGCCGCCCUCCUGCGUCUUUGUAGAGAACGCCAUCGCCGGGCGACUUUGCUGGGCGCCCACAGCUCCUGCCCAACACCGAGCCUGCACUCUGCCGCCUCCGUUCAGCAUUAGGGUCACUUGGCCCCCUGCAUAUUACCCCUCCCCUUCGCAGAUUGCUCUACGGACGUUAUUGCCCUCUUUGAGCCUUACGCCGUCCCUGUGUCCCUGCGAGGCCGACACUAAAGGAGUUAGCCACGUUUUUCCAAUGUGAAGACAACCAAGUUAUGUGACUUUCCCAGGGUCAUACGGCUCUCAGAAUUCUCAGUCAGAAUGUAAACUUGGGGCUUGUGGAUGCCAUCUAGCGCCUGUUGGCUGCCUCUUGAGAGAUGGGAGCUUCGAAUGGAAAGGAUUGGGUUUCCCUCCCAGCUUGGCCCCUCGUACUGUAACUUUAUGUUCCUGGUCAAGUCCCUCCCCGUGUCGGGUUAUCCGGUCCUGAGGAACCGAGGACACGGGACUGUGUAGCCUCCCAACUUCUCUCUAGGUCUAACAGGUUAAGCUUUCAGUAAUGUUGAAUUUUUUGAAUAUACAAUUUGGAAAUAAUUUGAAAUUUUGUCUGAUCUUGUAGGUGGCCAUCAUUGCGGGCAACUUUGAGCUGGCUGAGUAUAUCAAGAACCACAAGGACACAGAUAUCGUGCCAUUCCGAGAGGCCCCAACGUACUCGAACCGGCGGCGGAGACCCCCGAGCACACUGGCAGCCCCCCGAGUCCUGCUGCGCUCCAACAGUGAUAACAACCUCAACGUGAACAACCUCCCCGAUUGGUCCGUCUGCUCCUCGGCCUCUUCCCACCGCAGCCUUUCCCCACAGCUCCUGCAGCAGAUGCAGGGCAACCCGAAUGGCACAGUGAAAACCAUUGGGAGUUACACGCCGGGGCCUCGGAGCCGCUCUCCGUCGCUGAACCGCCUUGGGGAGGAUGCCAGGAGGCAGCAGCAGCAGCCGCCACCGCCGCAGCGGCAUAUCAGCUCCGGUGGCUUUGCUCCUGGUGCCAGCAAGGAUGCCAUCUCCGCCUUCGACUAUCCGGGCCCCAAGCGCAAGCUGUACAGCGCGGUGCCCGGGAGACUGUUUGUGGUCGUGAAGCCAUAUCAACCUCAAGUGGACGGAGAGAUCCACCUUCACCGGGGCGACAGGGUCAAAGUGUUGAGCAUCGGCGAAGGCGGCUUCUGGGAAGGCAGCACUCGGGGGCACAUCGGCUGGUUUCCCGCCGAGUGUGUGGAAGAAGUUCAGUGUAAGCCGAAUGAGAGCAAGCCAGAAACUCGCACCGAUAGAACCAAGAAACUCUUCCGACACUACACGGUGGGCUCCUACGACAGCUUUGACGCCUCCAGCGACUGCAUUAUCGAGGAGAAGACGGUGGUCCUGCAGAAGAAGGACAAUGAGGGCUUCGGCUUCGUGCUCCGGGGGGCCAAAGCUGAUACUCCCAUUGAAGAGUUCACCCCGACGCCAGCCUUCCCUGCCCUGCAGUAUCUGGAGUCCGUGGACGAAGGAGGAGUGGCCUGGCAGGCCGGCCUGAGAACGGGAGACUUCCUCAUCGAGGUGAAUAAUGAGAAUGUGGUGAAAGUCGGGCACAGACAAGUGGUGAACAUGAUCCGCCAAGGAGGGAAUCACUUGAUCCUCAAGGUGGUCACGGUUACCCGGAACCUCGACCCCGACGACACAGCCAGGAAGAAAGAUAAAGUCGACGAAGUCGUGCCGGCGGCCAAGCCGUCCAGGACGGCGGAGAAUGUGGCCGUGGAGUCGAGAGUGGCGACCAUCAAGCAGCGGCCCACCAGCAGGUGCUUCCCAUCCGUGGCGGACAUGAACUCCCUUUACGAGCGGCAGGGCAUCGCCGUGAUGACCCCCACGGUCCCAGGGAGUCCGAAGGCCCCGUUCCUGGGCAUCCCUCGAGGUACGAUGAGAAGGCAGAAGUCAAUAGGUGUAUUCGUCAAUGGCGGCUCCUUGGAAACUCAACCGUUGGCCAACGCGCCUGGCGCCGGUGGUGACUCCGAGCCCUCGGCCGUCCCCAAAGCAUUGGCGAUGCCCAGGAUGCUUUCCCCAAGGAGAAUCACCGAGGAAGAGCGUCAGUUCCUGGCUCCCCCGAUGCUGAAGUUCACGAGAAGCCUGUCCAUGCCCGACACCUCGGAAGACAUCCCGCCUCCUCCGCAGUCCUUGCCUCCUUCCCCGCCACCGCCCUCCCCGACCGCCUACAACCCACCCAAGUCCCCGACGUCCAGACCCUAUGGGACCAUCAAGCCCCCCUUCAAUCAGAACUCGGUCCCUAAGGUGUCUCCAUCCCCUCGGGCCGAGAACAUCGGCACGGUGAUGCGCGAGAAGGGCAUGUACUACCGGAGAGAGCUGGACCGCUACUCCCUGGACUCCGAAGACCUGUACAGUCGCAAUGCUGCCGCCCAGGCGAACUUCAGGAACAAGAGGGGCCAGAUGCCCGAAAACCCGUAUUCGGAAGUGGGCAAGAUCGCGAGCAAGGCCGUCUACGUGCCAGCAAAGCCCGCCAGGAGGAAGGGCAUGCUGGUGAAGCAGUCCAACGUGGAGGACAGCCCUGAGAAGACUUGCUCCAUCCCCAUCCCGACCAUCAUCGUGAAAGAGCCGUCCACCAGCAGCAGCGGGAAGAGCAGCCAGGGCAGCAGCAUGGAGAUCGACUCUCAGUCCUGCGAGCCUCCCGGGCAGCUGCGGCCCGAUGACAGCCUGGGUGUCAGCAGCCCCUUUGCCGCGGCCAUUGCCGGAGCCGUCCGGGACAGGGAGAAGAGGCUGGAGGCGAGGCGGAACUCUCCGGCCUUCCUCUCCACGGACCUGGGGGAUGAGGACGUGGGCCUGGGGCCAGGGCCGCCUGCUCCCAGGACAAGGCCUUCCAAGUUCCCAGAGGAAGAGAUGUUCGGCAAUGAGGAAAGCCUGGGCCCGUUGCCAUCUCCCACGCCAGUGGCAACACCGAGGGAGCCCGAGAACCAUUUUGCCAACAGUGAGGCCGGCAGCCAGAGUGAGCCGGGGAGUCUGAGGACCCUGAAUUCUGUCCCCAAAGCCAAGGGUCCCGAAAACAAUGCCGGAGCGGCAGCCAAGAGCGGGAGCGCGGUCGGCCCGGAUAACUAUGUGCAUCCCCUCACCGGAAGGCUACUGGACCCCAACUCACCAUUAGCUCUGGCCCUCUCGGCCAGGGAUAGAGCGUUGAAAGAAACUCAGCAGGGUCCCAGCAAAGGGGAGGCAACCAAGGCAGAUCUGAACAAGCCUCUGUACAUCGAUACCAAAAUGCGGCCCAACAUGGAGCCCGCCUUCCCCUCCGUGACCAGGCAGAGCACCCGCGGACCCCUGAGGAGGCAGGAGACGGAGAACAAGUACGAGACGGACAUGAGCAAGGACAAGAAAGGAGAUGAGAAGAAGAACAUGCUAAUUAACAUCGUGGACACCUCCCAGCAGAAAACGGCUGGCCUGCUGAUGGUUCACACUGUGGAUGCCGCCAAGUCGGAUGACUCCCCCGAAGAGGAAGAUGAGAAAGGGGACCUGAACCCAGAGCCAGAACGCUCUCCAUCCGAGGUGCCCGAAAGCAUUCCAGAAACCGAAGGUGCUUUACAGGUCUCGGCCACCGGCCCGGGCAAGGUGAUGGCAGCAGCAGGCUCUGUGGAUGAGCCGGUGGUCUUGCCAUUCCGUAUCCCACCCCCUCCUCUGGCAUCCGUGGAUCUAGACGAAGAUUUUAUUUUUACAGAACCAUUGCCUCCACCCCUAGAGUUUGCAAACAGUUUUGAUAUCCCUGAUGAUCGCGCGGCACCAACUCCCCCUCUCCCAGAUCUGGGGAAACCGAGGAAAGAUUCCCCCCAGUCCCCUUCAUUCCUCCCCAACCAAUCAACCAACUCCGUAGACAGUAAGAAACCGGCAGGUCUUUCAAACUGUUUGCCAGCCUCGUUUCUGCCACCCCCAGAAAGUUUUGAUAAUGUCACUGACUCUGGGAUCGAGGAGGUGGACAGUCGGAGUAGCAGUGACCAUCACCUUGAGACAACCAGCACUAUCUCCACCGUGUCCAGCAUCUCCACCUUGUCCUCGGAAGGGGGUGAAACCCUGGACACAUGCACGGUCUAUGCAGAUGGGCAGGCAUUUAUGGUCGACAAGCCCCCUGUACCUCCGAAGCCAAAAAUGAAGCCCAUAAUCACCAAAAGCAAUGCCCUUCACAGAGACGCCCUGGUAGAAGAGAACGCAGACGGCUUUGUGAUCCCCCCGCCGGCGCCGGCACCACCCCUGCCAGCGGGUGGCGCCCAGCCAGGUGGGACAGCCAAGGCUCUCCAGCAAAGGACCUCCAAGCUGUGGGGAGAUGUCCCUGAGGUCAAAAGCCCGAUUCUCUCAGGCCCCAAGGCAAACGUCAUUAGCGAAUUGAAUUCAAUCCUGCAGCAAAUGAACCGAGAGAAAUCUACGAAACCAGGGGAAGUGUUGGAUUCACCGACUGGAACCAAAACCGCUAGCCUCAGUACGAGGAGCACGGAUGUCAUGAGCACCGUCUCAGGGACGCGGAGCACGACGGUCACCUUCACCGUCCGCCCUGGCACCACCCAGCCGAUCACCCUGCAGAGCAGGCCGCCGCCGGACUAUGACGGGAGGACCGCUGUCACGAGACGUGCCCCGAGCCCCGUGGUCUCGCCCACAGAGAUCACCAAGGAGGCCCUGAGCGCCCCUGUGGCCUCCGUCUCAGCCGCGUCCCCUUCACCUACUCUGUCUGAGGUUUUUAGCCUUCCGAGCCAGCCACCUUCCGGGGACCUGUUUGGCUUGAGCGCGGCAGCGCGCAGCAGGUCCCCGUCUCCCUCGAUACUGCAACAGCCAAUCUCCAAUAAGCCUUUUACAACUAAACCUGUCCACCUGUGGACCAAGCCCGAUGUGGCUGAUUGGCUGGAAAGCUUAAACUUGGGCGAGCAUAAAGAGACCUUCAUGGACAAUGAAAUCGACGGCAGUCACUUACCAAACCUCCAGAAGGAAGACCUCAUCGACCUCGGCGUGACGCGAGUGGGCCACAGAAUGAACAUCGAGAGGGCGUUGAAGCAGCUGCUGGACAGAUAAGGGCGCCUGCUCCUCCUCCCUAGGCCUUCAUGGACUUCUGCUUAUAAGUAGAGAUGGGCUUGUGCUGCAACCGCGUGAGGCCCCCAGCCCGGCUCCAUCCCCCUCCUGUUGCCCAAAGAAAGGCCGAGGGCAUCUUGGCGCCCCAGGCCGGGUCCGCCACCCCUGAGCCGCGGCCAGGCAGAGGCGCCACUCCCUUCAGUCGAGGGGAGGAAGGGAGAAGGGCAUUCCACCUCCCUUGCUCCUCCCAGUCCCAGAUGCCAGCCCAGGAAGGGGCUCGGCCGGAUGGAUGCCCCCUGAGCUGCUCCUCCCUUGGUUCUGACCGGCUCCUGACCCCCCAGGUCCAAGCACUGGCUCUCGCUCAUCCCUCUCCCCUCGUUAGUCGGUCCCUGCUCCCUGGCUUCCUUGUUUCCAAGCGGUUGGCUUGCGGGAGAAGCAGCCCCAGAGGUAUUUAUUUAUGGGCUGCACCAUCUUGGGGCCCCGGCGGUCCCCGGAGUCUCACCCAUCUCCUCGCUGGGACUGGAGCCAUAGCUGUCGGGCAGAGAGGUGGAGAGACCUUGUCCGCAGAUCGUGUCCUGCUUUGCUUACCUUUAUUUCUUGAUUUCUGCAAAUAAAUCUAUUUAGCAUAUUUCCCAGGCGGCCACCUGAGGCCACCCGGAGUUAGUCAAAGCACAGAGCCACGAUGUAGAGACGGAAGGGGAGAGCCAGCCCGCCCCGGCCACUUGCCACCUCUCUGCCAGACACGGGCUGUCCCGUCCAGACAUGUCCGGCUGGGCUGGGGAAGACGGUAGGUCCCCUCCCUCCCCUGCUCCUGCUCCUGCUCUCGAGCAUUUGUUACACCCCAUCGAGGUUGACGGAGGCGAGCCCAGACAUUGGCCCAAAGGACAAUCCGAUCCAUGAGGUGAACCAGGGCCCGCUGGUGCUACCUGGACCGCGGGGUCUUUGUCAGGAGCUGCUGUCAGGGGCGCCGAGGUUGAGGAGCCACACCGUGACAGCCCCUUGGCUGUCUGGGGCCAGGGAGAGCGGUGUGUCCAGAAGUCUCCCCUCCUCCUUGGGCCUCAGGGAAUCUGCAGCCUGCUGUGAGAGGGAUGGACAGAAGGCGGACAGGACCCGGGGCUGAGAGGAGCAGCCCAAUUCCGAGCGGGGGUUGCAGUGCAGAAAUGGAGGCAGCAAAGCGAGGGCCCGCCAAGGGGCUAGGAAAGAUGCUGGUCAUUAGUCGUAGAGCGAGAUCACCCCGACUGCCAACUUUUCUAGGCCCUCUUCUAUGUCUUUCUCCCCUCCCUGACUUGGCGCAGGCUCCCCGAGGCUCCCAUCUGCGAGGGAGGUCGCCAACUGCCCACAGCUAGCCAAUGUCCUGCCAGGCUUCCAGUGUACUCCCCGCCCCUGUGGAAGGGGCCCAAAGGCUGGGGUUUGCUUUUCCGUUUUCUUUUCCAGACGAGGCCGCCCAUCUCUAGUUAUAAAACGAGCCUUUUUUCUUUUCUUUCUUUCCUUUUUCUUACUUUUGCUCACAAUCAGGUGUGUCUGAUUACGUCUGCAGCAGCCCUCGAAUGAGUACGGCAAAAUUUACCAAUUUAACUCUUUCUUUACUGCAAGUUUAAAUAGUUGUAUAGAUAGUUUAUAAGCACAAUAUUUUAAGAGAAAAAACAGUGGCUGGUCUACUAGGCAGCCUUUGUGCUAGGAAGUGAAAACAAACAAACUUUGGUGAUUUAAUACUAAGAAUCCUAUUUCUGUGGAAUAAUUCUAAAGUCUGACCUUUUUAAAUCAAACUUAUUUGGAUGCGUCUGAACCAGCAGAGCUGUGUUACGUUUUCUAUCUUUGCUAGAACUUCGGCACCGAAGGACAAACGUCUCUUCGAAAGGGGUCCCGAUUCACCGCGCGGCCGGCGGACCGGCGGUCGCUCGCUGGCUCGCCUCCCCGCUCCCAAAGCCAACAAAAAGCCACUCGUCCCCCGUCCCUCCCCGCCCCCUGGAAAACCAGUCUUUCUUUUGACUUUGCCUCUGUUCCGAUCCCCUUUGCAGGUCAAUCUUUGUAUUUGGAAGUUCCAACCUAACUUGUAAUAAAAAGAAUGCAUUCGGGCAUUUUCCUUCAGAGUACUUUCGGUUUUUCCAUAGUGAGACAAACGUUGCUCUAGAGGAAGUUGGAGAGAGGCCAGCGGAGGGGCCGCCAGGGUGACGCAGGUGUAAAAAACAAGCAAUGGUCCUUCAGCCAUCAUUUGUCUUCCAUUUGGCGAUAUGGCAGAAUCCAGUCAAUAAACCACUCACUAGUUCUCUUCCGGCCUUUGCUUUCAGCCGGUGUUGCCUCGGCCGCACCGGAACCCAACCGAUAGGAGAGCUCAGCCAGCGGGCUUCCGGGCUGCCGCUUUUUAAUCGGCUCCGUAGAGUUUAGGUGUCUGGAGUGGUGGCCCCGGGGGCAGCCCGGCUCCUGGGUGCGGAUCUCUCCAGACUCCCGGCAGCCGAGAUGCGGCGUCCUCGGCAGAAAGCCGGAGGAGAUGCAAAAGAGCUGAUGAAAUAGUUUAUUUUUACAUUGUGUCUUACCGAAUAAAGGUAAUCGGGCUGACCCAGGGCCUGCUUUGACCAAUAAAAUACUUGUUUGCCAAGA